AUGUUAGUAUUUCCGGUUUGGAAGACGGAUAUCCCUAGGGAACGGUGUAGGGCUCAAAGAUGGAUGGCCGCAGAAAGAUUCGCACCAUAUUUUGCAAGACCUGUUGUAAUACCACCACAACCACCUCAGUUGGAAGACGAUGAUUCUUCGUGCGGUUCAUCCCCCGAACGUAACACAAGUGAGACGUUAGACAACUUGGAGGGUUUAUGCGGCUGGAGAGGUUGCAACGCGCGUUUCGAGAGUGUGGCGCGUCUGUCCGCGCACGUCGCCCGCGCUCAUGCGCUUGCCCAUUCAGAUGGACUCUUCUACUGCGCCUGGAAGGGUUGCAGUAGACCACAGAAAGGAUUUAAUGCACGGUACAAAAUGUUAGUACAUGUCCGAACGCACACAAAUGAACGGCCUCAUACCUGCAAUCAGUGCAACAAAAGUUUCUCCAGAGCCGAAAACCUCAAAAUUCACUUCAGAUCUCAUUCUGGAGAGAAACCAUACGUCUGCCCUUAUGAGGGGUGCGGUAAGGCAUAUUCAAAUUCGAGCGACAGAUUUAAACACACAAGAACGCAUGCAGUCGAGAAGCCCUACUGCUGCAAGGUUCCAGGAUGCAAUAAACGUUACACGGACCCUUCGAGCCUCAGAAAGCACGUCAAAACUUACAAACACUACAGCACAGAGCAAAUAGCACGACGAGAAUCAUCAGAUGAAUACAGCCAAGACACAUAUUCUCCUUCCAAAGAUACUUCAUCAUAUACAAUCAUAGAACCUUCCUCUCCAGUACCCGCAAGUAUACCGUACAACCCACCUGUCAGCUCUCUAUCGCCGAGACAAACAUUCGCGCCUAUCUUAUCAGAAACCUCCGUCCCAAAGUCAAUACCUUACGCUCCGAUCGAUGACCGAGUUACCUAUAUACGAUCACUUGAACCUUCGUACCCAGUGAGAAUACCAACAAAUGAAAUGUCUUAUACUGAAUAUUCACAAAUGUACGAACAUGCUUAUAGAAAUUAUUACUCCACUACGAUAAGCUACCCGCCUUUGACACCCAGUAUUAGUGAAAAAGUAUUAACCUAUGAAGACCGACCUCGACUAGAUGACGUUCCCCUCAGUCAUGUAGAGGCAAGCUCAAGGAUCUAUACUCCUAUGGAAGAAGAGAUGCCAUUGAACCUAAUAUGUACAAAGCGACGUGAUUAUAAACCAAUUGAAGAGUUAAUAAGACGUACAGACUUGCCUUUAGAUUUAAGUACCAAAAGUUAG